AUGGCGGUGCAGGCAAUUCAGGGGACCAUGGCAUUGCAGGCAGUUCAGGGGGCCAUGGCGGGGCAGGCAGUUCAGGGGACCAUGGCGGGGCAGGCAGUUCAGGGGGCCAUGGUGGGGCAGGCAGUUCAGGGGACCAUGGCAGUGCAGGCAGUGCAGGCAGUUCAGGGGACCAUGGCAGUGCAGGCAGUUCAGGGGACCAUGGCAGUGCAGGCAGUUCAGGGGACCAUGGCGGUGCAGGCAGUUCAGGGGACCAUGGUGGUGCAGGCAAUUCAGGGGACCAUGGCGGGGCAGGCAGUUCAGGGGGCCAUGGCGGUGCAGGCACUUCAAGGGACCAUGGCGGUGCAGGCAGUUCAGGGGACCAUGGUGGUGCAGGCAGUUCAGGGGACCAUGGUGGGGCAGGCAAUUCAGGGGACCAUGGUGGGGCAGGCAGUUCAGGGGGCCAUGGCGGUGCAGGCAGUUCAGGGGACCAUGGUGGUGCAGGCAGUUCAGGGGGCCAUGGCGGUGCAGGCAGUUCAGGGGACCAUGGUGGUGCAGGCAGUUCAGGGGACCAUGGUGGUGGCAGGCAAUUCAGGGGACCAUGGCGGGGCAGGCAGUUCAAGGGGCCAUGGCGGUGCAGGCAGUUCAGGGGACCAUGGUGGUGCAGGCAGUUCAGGGGACCAUGGUGGUGCAGGCAAUUCAGGGGACCAUGGUGGGGCAGGCAGUUCAGGGGGCCAUGGCGGUGCAGGCAGUUCAGGGGACCAUGGCGGUGCAGGCAGUUCAGGGGGCCAUGGCGGUGCAGGCAGUUCAGGGGACCAUGGUGGUGCAGGCAGUUCAGGGGACCAUGGUGGUGCAGGCAAUUCAGGGGACCAUGGUGGGGCAGGCAGUUCAGGGGGCCAUGGCGGUGCAGGCAGUUCAGGGGACCAUGGUGGUGCAGGUAGUUCAGGGGGCCAUGGCGGUGCAGGCAGUUCAGGGGACCAUGGUGGUGCAGGCAGUUCAGGGGACCAUGGUGGUGCAGGCAAUUCAGGGGACCAUGGCGGGGCAGGCAGUUCAGGGGGCCAUGGCGAUGCAGGCAGUUCAGGGGACCAUGGUGGUGCAGGCAGUUCAGGGGACCAUGGUGGUGCAGGCAAUUCAGGGGACCAUGGCGGGGCAGGCAGUUCAGGGGGCCAUGGCGGUGCAGGCAGUUCAGGGGACCAUGGUGGUGCAGGCAGUUCAGGGGCCAUGGCGGUGCAGGCAGUUCAGGGGACCAUGGCGGUGCAGGCAGUUCAGGGGACCAUGGUGGUGCAGGCAAUUCAGGGGACCAUGGCGGUGCAGGCAGUUCAGGGGACCAUGGCGGGGCAGGCAGUUCAGGUGGCGGUGCAGGCAGUUCAGGGGACCAUGGUGGUGCAGGCAGUUCAGGGGACCAUGGUGGUGCAGGCAAUUCAGGGGACCAUGGCGGGGCAGGCAGUUCAGGGGGCCAUGGCGGUGCAGGCAGUUCAGGGGACCAUGGUGGUGCAGGCAGUUCAGGGGACCAUGGUGGUGCAGGCAAUUCAGGGGACCAUGGUGGGGCAGGCAGUUCAGGGGACCAUGGCGGUGCAGGCAGUUCAGGGGACCAUGGUGGUGCAGGCAGUUCAGGGGGCCAUGGCGGUGCAGGCAGUUCAGGGGACCAUGGUGGUGCAGGCAGUUCAGGGGACCAUGGUGGUGCAGGCAAUUCAGGGGACCAUGGCGGUGCAGGCAGUUCAGGGGCAAGAGAGGCGUGGCCUCCAUGGCCUUAGCCAGAGGCACAAGUCCAAUAGUGUACAGCUGUGA